GACUCUCAAAAUAAGUGAUGAACAUGAAGACAAAAUGUUCACCAUGCCGUUACUUCAUAUGUGAAGUUUUAUGAUUCCCGUGUUUAUGAGACGAAAAAAAGUGAUAUGCUUCUUUGUGUAUUUGGUGUGAGGCGUGUACGGCGCGAGUCACGUUAGCCGUUGUUUUGCUUUCGAAUGCGCAGUCGAGAAACAACGCUUAGAAAGACAUAUUCGCGUCGCUUUUUUUCGAACUCUAUGGCAGCGUGCAACGCAACGGUACGAAAAUAAAAAUUGUCUACACGUAUCGGUUAGUCCAGUGUUCGUAUAUUUCCUUGAAGCAGCGUGAAAAAUAUUCAACGACAAGAAGUAAUCGUCACGUUAUUUCACACGAACGAUCCCUAACAAUGUUCGAUGUUUACGUUCGGUUUGUUUUCGAACUUCGUCAGUCGAUGCACACUAGUCGGAACCUACACAAUGUCAACGCUUGACCGUGCGUCCUUCUAUGAAAACGUGGCAGCAGUUCGGGAAUAAUCUUCAUACGGGAAGGUUGUGCGGUUCAGUGCGAUUCGGUGGAAAAAUUAUUUUAUUGUUGAUAUCGCGGUGACAAUAAAAUUAUAGUGGUUUGUGUGAGUGAACGGUACGUACUGGGAAACAUCAUUUCAAUUAUACAGAAAUGGAUCUGAAGUAUCGUAUAGUAGCUUUUUUAGAAAAACCGAAAAGCCAAAAAUUGUUGGAUGUUGAUAUUAUUCCAAUAACAUGGCUGGUGUUCAAAGAGGAUGAUCCUGACGGUUGCUACUGCAAAUUUAUGAAAGGUCCGUUUACACCAGAACGAACAGCUCACUUAAAAAAAAUGGUAACCAACUGUGAAAGUCCAGAAAAAGAUUGGCCUACAUACGCUAUCGACAUUCGAGGAAGAGCUGCAACAUAUCAGGAAGCCGAAAGAAAAGUUUUGGAACUGCAGCAUAAGCUUUACGUGUAUACUUCUGAUACAGAUGCAUCUGCAUUCACAAAAGCAAAUGAAGACAAAAAAGCUUUAAAAUUGAAAAAUUAUUCAGAUGCCGACGGAGUGAAAAGGAAACUGAACGGAGUGUCGAUAGAUUUGAAAAAAACGAUUGGAUCAAACAAACGUCGCAGAUCUUCAACUAGUUCAAGAACCGAAGAAGAGCCAAACGCAUCAGUUUCAUCAACCACUUCAGCCACUGAUGAUGAAAAACGAAAGAUGAAAACAAAGUUGAAAGCCAAAAAGAAACGUGGCCGGAAUGAACGAAAGGCUGAUGAAAAAAAACGGUUGCCAGUCGAGUUUUCUAACGAUGAUAAGCUGGAAGAACUUGCGAGAUUACCAUGCAGUAACAGAACUGCUCACUCUUCUACAGAACGAUCCUCUCGGAAUUUCAGAAUUGCAGAUGAAAUGAAGACUAGUGAAAAAGCUCCCAAGUCUAUACAACCGGACAAAAAUUUAUCAUCCUUAUCUGUUACAAGCGGAACUUCUGAAUUCGAAGUUUCAGUCGUGGACAGAUCUGUCGUCACCGAAAAAAAUACCGAAAUGUCAAAGGUGAAAAGAGGUAUAGACGUAAAUAACACACAAAAUUUCAAAGGCGUGCUCACAGCUAUUAUAGAAUCGCAUAAUGUUUUGUCUAAACAAAUUGCGAAAGGCAAUGGACUGAUUGUCGAACUCAAUUUGAGAGUCUCUAAUAUCGAGCAGAAUAUUGCUCGAUUGCUUCGGGACCAUGAGCAAGGGGGCAAUAAUGAGAAAAACGUGAAUGAUAUGAGCGAAGGAGAGCUAGCAGAAAUACCGAAACAACCAAUCGAAAUACCGAUUAAAUCCUUUGACGAUUUUGCUAAGCACGAAGAACAGCUGAAAAUAACCAGCUAUCGGAAAAAAAUGAUGUUCCGUAUGUUGAGUAUCGUCAGCGACAAAUUGACUUUGACAAAGAAUAUCGGUAAUAUACUCCGUACGUAUUUGUCGAGAGAUAUUGCUAUGCAAUUCACUUCGGUCAAACCUAUGCCCAACAAACAUGUGUUCAAAUCGACUGAAAUCUACUCCUGCGUUAAAGAUGCAGUAAUCAAGGUCUUUUCAAAAAGUGUUACUACCCCACUGAGUGAGGAAAACAUUUUAAAAUCGCUACGGUCUGUAUUAGACAACGCGAAAGAUUGGGACGGUCAGCGUUUUGUACGCAUCAAUAAAAAAAAAAUGGAUAAUUCUAGCAACGUGUAAUCUUAAAUGCGUAUGUUAUGAAAUUUUUUUUAAAUUUUGAUGUAAUUAAAAUAUAAUAUACUUCAAUAAUAUUCAAUAA